CAAAAACUAAUAUGAACGAUAAGAAAAAUAAUAUGAGAAAACAUACCAUAAUAAUCAUUAUUACAAUAAUAGAUGUAAGAAAAAUUGUUUAAUCUUUAAGAUGAAAGCAGAAACAACACUAGAAGGUCAAGAUCUCAUUCAAGAAGAAGAAGACAUAGUUCAAGUGAAAGUUCUAAGUUUAAAUAUAUAAUUAAUUAUAUAACAGAAAAUAUUAUGAAAGAAAGCAUAGGUCGAAUCGAUAUGAGACAAAAAGAAAAUCGGAAUAUGAUAGCAAAACAAGAAAAUGAAUAAAUUUUACUGUAAUUUUAUUACAACAAAACAAAAAAGGAAUUUCAGUAGAAAAUUAUAUUAACAAACCUAAAACACAAAUAUAUGAAAAAAAAUUCAAAAUCACGAAAAAAAAAUUCUUCCAAUAAGCCAAAAUAAUGAUAAAAAGCUACUUAAGCAACUUUAAUUGAUUAAAAGACAGAAAUGAUUUCGAUACAGAUGAUCCUAAGUUUGUUUAUAUUAAUAAUCCUUGUAUUUAUAUGCUAUCUAAUGAAGUAAAAGUAUUCUCUAUUUAUUUAGAGUGGAAUAAUUUAAAAAAAGGAUCAGCAAAUUUUUGAAAGAUCAUUUUUAAAACUGAAUUUGGC